CGUCCGAGUCGACCAUCCCAUCGCCAUCGCACGCGGCUCCCUUCCACCGCUGCGUCGCAGCAUCAACGAACCCACGCCGUCACGCUUCACGCGCUCUAUAUAAUCCAAUCGCGUCGCACCCACCUCGUUUCCUUGUCUCCUUCACACCAUGCAGCGCGGUCGCACCACCCCCGACUUCGACGAUGCCUUCGUCAAUGUGAUGUUCGAAGAGGGCGUUCGUGCCACCCAGAGCUCUGAAAGCAACAGCAUCGAUCCCUUCUACGAUGUCUGGAUAGAUCAGGGUGUCAUCCGCCCCUUUGCUGAGCAGGUCGCUUAUGCAACGCGGACCCUCCGUAAACUGUAUCCGACUCAUACGGUUGUGCCGUUCAUGGAAGGAACAGUGAAUCUCAUGGGCUUCCCUGGGGCUUUGGUGCAACCCAUGCAACCCUCCGAGCUGGUCACCAGCAUCAUGUUCCAACCUCUGGCCCGGCGCUCGGGGAAGGGGGCCCUGCUCGAUUCAGUCUACUUUGGCGCGUUCCGCGUCGCAUAUGAUAAAUACGACUUCAUACUGUAUACCCUGCGAUUCCCUGUCGGGUAUGGAGCGAUGAUUCAGAACUUCCUUGUCCAUGCUGGUCCCGAGGAACAUUCCCGGGCACUCAUCUAUGCGGCGGGAACAUGGCACAGUCAGCUUCAUCAGGAAAUCUACGUGUUUAACCAAAGCUUCUGGCGCAAGGACCACAAUCUUUGGGUCGAAGUCCAAAAGGCGAACUGGGACGAUGUCAUUUUGGAGCAAGGGUUCAAAGACCGGCUACGGAAGGAUGUCAAUGGCUUCUUUGACUCCGAGACGCUGUACAAGAACCUUUCGAUUCCCUGGAAGCGGGGUCUCAUUAUGUACGGCCCUCCUGGAAACGGAAAGACAAUUAGCAUGAAAGCCAUUAUGAAGGAGUGCGACGCAAAGGGUUACGCUCCUCUCUACGUGAAGUCUUUCAAAGGUUACUUGGGUGAAGAAGGAUCCAUGGCGGCGGUCUUCGAUAAGGCGCGCGAGAUGGCACCAUGCGUGCUCAUCCUCGAGGACUUGGACUCCCUCAUUAACGACAGCAAUCGGUCGUUCUUCCUGAACCAGCUUGACGGACUGGAAGGCAACGACGGCCUGCUCCUCAUCGGCUCGACGAACCACUUCGACAGGUUGGACCCGGCGUUGAGUGGCAGGCCGAGCAGGUUCGACCGCAAAUGGGAGUUCGAGGAUCCCAACAAGGAGGAGCGUACGCUGUACGCCAAGUACUGGCAGAACAAGUUGAAGACCAACAAGGACAUCGACUUCCCUGACAGCCUCGUCCACGAGAUCGCCGAAGCGACAAACAAGUUCAGCUUCGCCUACCUCAAGGAGGCUUUCGUGUCCACCCUCGUCAUCAUAGCCGGCAUCGAAGAGGGCGACAAACCCUCCUUCGCAUCCGUGCUCAAGGGCCAAAUCAAGACCCUCCGCGACCAGCUUGACAAGGAUAGCAAGAUCGCCGCGCCUGCAUCCACCUCCUCUGUGACCUCUGGCAUCUCUGCGAUGCGCAUCGGGCAGCCGCCGAACAGGGGACUGGAUGCAUUGCGCUCGCGUCUGCCUAGCGCGGGUGGCCGAAUUUGGGAUACGAGCGACCAGAGCGCGAGGAUGGCUAUGCCUGGGGGCAUGCCGCCCACUCAAGGAUCUGGGGUCAAUGCCGGUGAUAUGAGGCAUAUGACGAUGGGCGGUCGUAAUUUCAUCUUUUGAGAUCGUUUGAGUAUGUGGAUCUUUGUAUGUAAUUUGUAUUGUGGACUACCUCGUUGUACUGGUGUACUGUUUGUACUGAAGCAUCUUCGCGUUGAAAUAUGCGUUGCUGUAUCUAUCUCGGUGCUGGAAGGUUUUGCGUCCUCGUGACUGUCCAGCACACCCAGCAUCUGCAGCGACGACGGAGUAUGAUGGAAAUGAUCCUUGAGCAACGUGCCAGACCAUUCUUCAUAUCUCCGUUCUGAGAUAUUUCGUCGCAGUGAGAAACGUAAUGAUAUAAUAUCCCAUCCAGAUAGCC